AACUGUAAGCGUCCAGGACACUAUGCUAGAGACUGUCCAAAUGUAGCUGUCUGCAACAAUUGUGCACUCUCAGGGCACAUCCCAGCAGAGUGCACUGCAAAGACCCUGUGCUGGAAUUGCAAGGACCAUGGACGUGUUGCCAGUGAGUGCAAAAAUGAAGUUGUCUGCCACAUGUGUAACAAAACAGGCCACCUGGCUCGUGCUUGCCCCGGCUCCGGACUAGCCCACUUUGACACCAGGCUAUGCAACAACAGCUAUAAGCCAGGUCAUAUUGCCGCAGACUGUACCAAUGACAAGGCUUGCAACAACUGUCGCAAGACUGGUCACUUGGCUCGUGAAUGCCCUAAUGAACCAGUCUGCAAUCUCUGCAAUGUUUCAGGCCAUGUGGCACACAACUGUUCCAAGGCAAGCCUGGCAUUGGAGAUUCAAAACGGGCGUUUUGGUGGCAUGUGUGGCCAGCCAAGUUACAUCACCUGUGGCUGUGUUGGUACUGUUAUCUGUAGCAACUGCGGUGGGCGUGGCCAUCUAUCUUACAAGUGCCCCUCAGGCAGGAUUUUUGGUCGUGUUCUCCGAAGAUACUGAUGGUAAACUUGGUUUCAACAUUGGAUAUCUUACACGGCAGGUGAGUUUGGGCUAUUGUGACUAUGCUAGUCGGCUUCUUCCCAAAUUGUGGGUUCACUUUGUAAUGGAAGUGUUUACUCUGGUGGGCACUUAUAGAGGCCAGAAUUGAAGAUUGAAACCUAUUUUCUGACUUCCGCUGAUAUACAUUCUUCUGCGACAUUUGUAUGUAUUUCUUCUCUUGCUCCUGCAGUCUGCAUGGUGUUCCUUCCUGUGAAGCUAGAAACCAGUGAAUGAGAGAUAAAUGAUUGCUGCAUCUCAUUGUUGACAGUUGACACACCACCAAAUGGUGAGGAUGAGUGCUAAAUUGUUGGUGCAUUGGAUUGUUAAUAUACCAAAUUGUUGGUGCGAAAUUGGUGCUGCAUCACAUUGUUAAUGCACCAUCAAGUGGUGAAGUUUCUGUGGAUUCUCUUUAUCCAUUCCAAAGCCUGGAUAAGAGCUUGCUGCUGUA